CAGCAUUUGUUCCUAUCGGCACCUUUGGUUAUUUUCACUAUUUUCUCUUUGUAUUCCCUAGUACUUCGGAAAAGCCAGGCUACAUCGUUUGCAAAGCGAAGCCACCCUAACAAGAUCCGUUGACCGAACCGCCACUCAGCACUAUUGAACAGCGUCACCCGCCCCAGAUAAAGGUGGAGCCUACAUCAACACAUCAACCACCACUGCAGACAGCCGAUCUUCACUUCCACCUAAGCUAGAACACAUAUCAUACAACCACCAUGUCAAACCCACUGAACACAGACACCGGCUCGGAGAUGUUCGCCAGCUACGAGAACGAGUUGAAGCUGGUGCAAGCCGAUCUGAACCAGAAGCUGGACCAGAUCGCCGAGGCAAGCGGCGAGCAACGGAAAGCAGAAAUCGGCAACGCAACACGAGUCCUCGAAGAAGCAACAGAACUUCUCGACCAACUGCGCAUGCAGAAGCAGAACAUCCCCUCAGCAGCCCGGUCAAAAGUCAACAUCCGCUUCCGCAACUACUCAACCGACAUUGACGAGAUCAAGCGCAAGCUCAAGUCCCUCUCGGAUGACCGGCAAGCACUAUUCGGCGACCGGUACACCGACGAGCCGCAGGAUGAGCACCUCGAACAAAGACAGCAGUUGCUUUCCGGUACGGACCGGCUAGAGCGCAGCUCGGCGCGGCUUCAACAGAGUCAGCGCAUGGCGCUGGAGACGGAGGAUGUUGCUCGCGGCACGCUCGGUACCUUGUAUGAGCAGAGGGAGCAGAUCUCGAAUGCUCGGAAUAACUUGCAGCAGAGUGAGGGUUACGUUGAUACUAGUAUCAAGACUUUGAGGGGCAUGGCUCGUAGGAUGGCUACCAAUCGGAUGAUCACUAUUGCUAUCAUUACGGUUCUGGUUCUUCUGAUUUUCGCUGUCAUUUACAGCAAGUUCCAUUAGCGGUUGGGUUUCGCGCUGGCGUUUGUAUACUCGGUCUUAUGUUUCAUAUCCUUUUAUUUUCUGCUUUUACGUCUACACUAGCAAGACUAUUCUCUCCCGCGCGCGCAUCUUUGCCAUUAUGUAUGAUAGCAUCCGGCGAGUCUUGAUACAG